GAUUAUUUCUUUGUUUAAACUUUAGAAUUUUAGAUAAGAAAAGAAAUGCACUCAGGAAACUUGAAAGAAACGUUUUGCCAGCUUUGCCUAAAUAUUAUAAACGAUAGAAGUUACCAAUUAACAGAACAAGACAUAAGAGAAGUCCUAAAAAUUCUUUUACCAACUCUGAAUUUGGAGGAAACAGCUGAACAUUUCAUGUGUGAAGAAUGUUCCAUAAAAUUACAUGCCGCUUUUAAUUUUAAAUUGACGUGUAUGGAUACUGAAGAUGUUAUUUUUUCUCAUAUUAAUGCCAGUAAAAUGUCGGUGGUUGAUUUAGAAGAAGUUUAUUUAAAGGAGAAGGGAAAUAUUCAGUUGGCUGAAAUAUUGGAAAAUCAAAGAAUUUGUCGAUUAUGUAUACAUUUGAUAACUUACGGAUUUGCAUCAUUAAAUGAAAUUGAUAUUGACAUAAUUGGAAUAUAUAUACCACAAGUUAACCUCAAUCUUACCAAUAACCCUGUUAUAUGCGGGUCAUGUUUUGAUUCACUUUAUACACAUGGCAAUUUUUUAAAGAAAUGCCUUGAUGCACAGGAAAAAUACAAAAGUGCUGAUAAAAAAUGUAAUAUUAAAUCUGAAGAGACUGAAAUAAAACUGGAAGAAGGUAGUCAAGAUGGGCAAGAGAAAUUUAAAAGUAUUGAUAAACUGUUUUAUGUUAAAUCUGAAGAUAUUGAAAUAAAGUUAGAGGAAGACGAUAGUAAUUCUUCAUAUAACUUGGACGAUGGAAUAAUUGAAAUCAAAAAGAGGCACAUUUCAGAAGAUGUAGAAGAAAUAAGGGAGGAAUAUAAAUGUGAGACAGGAUUUAACGAUGACUGCACAGUGUCGAUGUUAGUUCACAAUGUUGAAAUACCCAAAGGCCACAUGUCUAGAUUGCAGCAACCUGAACUUUCAUUAGAUACACAAUUAUACCAUGAUUACAAGUUUAAACAGAAUCUGGAAGAGCAUAUGUCGGUACACAAAAGUAUUUUAGACGUGGGAAAGUACAAGUGUGAUACGUGUAGUUUUGAGACUAAACGUAACGAAAAUUUGAAAAGGCAUCAGCUAUUACACAAAGACCCUUUGGAGAUUGAAAUGUACAAUUGUGAUAUGUGCAGUUUUGAAACUAGACACAAGGGCUGCCUGAAGACGCAUCAAUUAAUGCAUGAAGCUUCUUCACAAAUCCAAAUGUACAAGUGUGAUACUUGUACUUACAAAACUAAAUAUAACAGCAACCUACAUAAGCACCAGUUGAUACACAAAGAUUCUACAGAAAUCCAAAUGUAUACGUGUGAUACAUGUAGUUUUAAAACUAAAUAUAAGUGUGCUCUAAACAAGCAUCUGGUAACGCACAAGGACCCCUCAGAAAUGCAAAUGUACAAGUGUGAUAUGUGUAGUUAUGAAACUAAACUUAAAGGUCAUUUGAAAGCACAUCAGUUAGUGCACAAAAAUUCUACAGAGGUCCGAGUGUACAAGUGUGAUACGUGUAGUUUUGAAACUAGAUAUAAGGGCUCUCUGAAGACGCAUCAAUUAACACACAAAAAUUCUCCAAAGAUCCGAAUGUACAAGUGUCAUCUCUGCAGUUUUCAAAGUAGAUAUAAAAACUGUCUGAAUGCGCAUCUAUAUCUGCAUAUGAAAUCUUCAGAAACCCAAAUGUACAAAUGCGACUCUUGUAUUUAUGAAACUAAAGAAAAGAAUGAUCUGAACGCGCAUAAGUUAAUGCAUAAAGACUCUUCGGAAAUGCAAAUGUACAAUAGUGAUUCUUGUACCUAUGAAACUGAACAUCAGCAUCAUCUAAAACGUGAUCAAGUAAUACACAAAGAUCCUUCAGAAAUCCAAGUGUAUAAAUGUGAGUUAUGAAAAGAAUUUGAAAAUCCUCAAUUAAUUCAUGGGAACCCUUCUGCAACAUGACUGAUGAUAAACACUAUGGUAUAUGUCGUCUGUCAAUACAUAAGAAAGCGUCCUGAUAAUUGACACCUUUCAUAAUUUUAUAACUAUACAGGGUGUAUCAUAAUUAAUAUCGCAAAUUAAAACAGCUGUAAGUAUGAAAGUUGUAAAGCAUACAAUUCUACAUAAAAAUGCCC